AUGAUUCACAGUUUGUUUAUAAUUAAUCCAUCUGGAGAUGUAUUUCUUGAGAAGCAUUGGAGGAGUGUUAUACCAAGAUCAGUAUGUGAUUACUAUUUAGAAGCACAGCGUGCUUCCCCCAACGAUGUUCCACCAGUUCUAGCAGCUCCACAUCAUUAUCUAAUAUCUAUUCAACGUGGUGGAGUGGCUUUGGUAGCAGUUAGUAAACAAGAAGUUGCCCCACUCUUUGUUAUAGAAUUUCUUCAUAGAGUCUUUGAUACAUUCCAGGAUUAUUUCUCAGAUUGUACAGAGACAAUUAUUAAGGAGAACUAUGUAGUUGUUUAUGAGUUGUUAGAUGAGAUGUUGGACAAUGGUUUUCCCUUAGCCACUGAAAGCAAUAUACUUAAAGAAUUGAUAAAACCACCAAAUAUUCUUAGAACAAUUGCCAAUACAGUUACAGGUAAAUCAAAUGUUUCAUCAAUACUACCAUCUGGCCAACUGUCUAACGUGCCUUGGCGGCGGUCUGGCGUCAAAUAUGCGAAUAAUGAAGCCUACUUUGAUGUCGUGGAAGAAGUUGACGCCAUUAUUGAUAAAAGUGGAGCUACAGUUUCUGCAGAAAUCCAAGGAUAUAUUGACUGUUGCAUUAAGCUGAGUGGGAUGCCAGAUUUGACUCUCACAUUUGUUAAUCCUAGGUUAUUUGAUGAUGUUUCAUUCCAUCCUUGUGUCCGAUUCAAACGAUGGGAGUCUGAAAGAAUCCUUUCCUUCAUACCGCCGGAUGGUAAUUUCCGCUUGAUGUCUUAUCACGUUGGGUCACAAAGUGUAGUGGCUAUUCCUAUGUAUGUGAGGCAUAAUCUCGUGUUAAAGUCUAACGGUGAUCAGGGAAGGUUAGACUUAACCGUUGGACCAAAACAAACUAUGGGCAGAACUUUAGAAAAUGUUUCCCUUGAAAUCUGUAUGCCAAAGUGUGUACUGAACUGUUCUUUGACCGCGAAUCAAGGGAAGUAUUCCUACGAUCCCGUCAGUAAAGUCCUCGUUUGGGACAUUGGACGUAUUGAGCUGCCCAAACUUCCUAAUAUCAGAGGAUCUGUUUCCGUAGCAUCCGGAGCAGACACGUCUGGCGCAAAUCCAAGUAUAAACGUGCACUUCACGAUCCCUGCGUUGGCGGUGAGCGGGCUGCGCGUGAGUCGCCUAGACAUGUACGGCGCCAAGUACAAGCCCUUCAAAGGCGUUAAGUACGUCACUAAAGCCGGCAAAUUCCAUAUACGGAUGUGA